GAACUGAUAGAUCCGAUUCUACGUUCUCGGUGUUCCAGUGCCCAGUCAGUUGUUCCUCGUCGAUCGCCACCGGCGGAAGUGUUGGCGAUCGCAAUCGGUCAUCGCAUCAAAACUACAUAUAUACUGACUUGAUCUACUUGAAUAGAGGAGGAGGAAGUACCACCCACUGACCAUGGAGAUAAAAGUGGGCGUGGGCGAUUUGCUCAAAAUGGGCACCAAACUCAUUGGACACAAGAUAGUGCAGUACCGACUGGGCACCAAGCAAACAAAGGUGGUCUGCACCCGGGAUGGACAGCUGCGAGGUAUUCGUCGCCGGACUCUCUAUGAUGAAGAUCUGUAUUACUCAUUUGAGGGCAUACCUUUUGCCCAACCGCCGGUAGGGGAACUACGUUUCCGAGCCCCUCAAUUGCCACGUCCCUGGACAGGAGUGAGAGAUUGCACCUAUCCCAGGGCCAAGCCUAUGCAGAAGCACUUCGUUCUGAGCAUAGUCGAGGGCAGCGAGGAUUGCCUGUACUUGAAUGUGUACUCAAAACGCCUAAAAUCGGAUAAACCCCUACCCGUCAUCGUUUGGAUAUAUGGCGGUGGUUUUCAGUUCGGCGAAGCUAGUCGGGACAUGUACAGUCCGGAUUACUUUAUGAAGCAGGACGUGGUUGUGGUCACAUUCAACUACAGAGUGGGUGUCCUAGGAUUCUUAAGUCUCUUGGAUCGCGACCUGGAUGUGCCGGGGAAUGCCGGUCUAAAGGACCAGGUGAUGGCUCUACGCUGGAUUAGUCAAAACAUAUCACAAUUCAACGGGGAUCCCCAAAACAUCACCCUGAUGGGUGAGAGUGCUGGUGCUGCCUCCGUCCAUGCGAUGAUGAUUACGGAGCAGACCAGGGGCCUCUUCCACAAGGCCAUCAUGCAGUCGGGGUCGAUGUACAGCGAAUGGGCGAAUGAACCAAGAGGUCUAUGGGCAUUCCGACUGGCAUCCCUCCUCGGUUACGACGGCAGCGAGAACGAGAAAGAGGUUUUUCGGUUUCUUCAAAAGGCCUCCGCCUCCGAUAUGGCCAGCCAGAGCGUGGCUCUUAUCUCAAAGGAGGAACAACGAAACUAUGUGCUCUUCCCAUUCACCCCCGUGGUGGAACCCUACCUCACCAAUGACUGUGUAUUUCCUCGCUCAUAUCGGGAGAUGCUACCGGCUGCGUGGGGCAAUGACUUGCCUCUGAUCUUGGGCGCCAACUCUUUUGAGGGUCUGUUCUCCUACCAGGCCAUAUUGCACGACGAGGAGCACAUGCUGAGCGCCUUUGAGGCCCUCAUUCCACCUGAAAUCAGGGAGAGGCGUUCGCAGGCGGAAAUCAAGGAUCUGAUGCGCCAGUUCAAGAAAGACAACUUCGAUGACGCCACCAGGGGACGCAUGGAGUUCAAUGAGUGCCUGCAAAUCCUUUCGAUUAAACACUUCUGGCAUGGCAUUCACCGUACUGUCCUGGGACGCCAUCGAUACGCACCUACAACUCCCACAUUUUUGUACCGCUUUGAUAUGGACUCGCCGCAUUUUAACCACUUCCGGCAAUUGUUGUGCGGCAAGCAUGUCCGAGGAGUGUGCCACGCCGACGAUGUAUCUUACCUUUUUUACCAUAUCCUGGCAUCCAAGAUAGAUAAGUCCUCGAUAGAGUACCAAACGAUCGAGCGGAUGGUGGGCAUGUGGGUGUCCUUCGCCCGUAAUGACAAUCCCAACUGCCCGAAAAUUGCCCCGAUAACGUGGGAUGCCCUGGAGGCAGAGGGUCCACAAAGAUGCCUUAACAUUGGGAAAACUUUGCACUUUAUUGACUUGCCAGAAUCAAAGCAGAUUCGCUUUUGGGAUAGGCUUUACGAUAAACACGACUUGGUCUAAACAAACUUAUAUUUUUAGUCAUAAUACCAAAGGA